AUGAAAGAGAUCAUCCGCGCCCUCCUCCUCCUCCUCGCCUUCGCCAACCUCUGCGCACUCUUUGCCGGCCUCCAAAUCCUCUCUCCUUACGACUACGCUUACCAAUACAACUUCCAGGAGACCUCCCACCUCGCCCUCAAUACCUUCCUCUUCCUCGCCGUCGUCUACUCCUUCCUCGGACGAGCUGAAUGGUCCGGAGUCACUCGUAUCACAACGGGUCUGGUCCUUACCGCCUGGUGUCUCACCCUCAACGUCACCGACCUCAAAAACAUCCAGGAUGAAGGCGGUUGUGUCAACGGAAAACGCUUUAACCCUGUCGAGGACGGAGCAUCCUCUUUUGCUGCCAGGACAAGGUGUCAGAUCCAGGUGGUCAUCUCGAGUCUGAGUGUUAUCUGGGCUGCCCUGUUGAUUGCCGAGCUCUUCAUGACUAGAACUCACCGCAAGCGGAAUAUGGUCAAGUUUGGACUCGACCGCCCUACAGAGCUGGAUGUCAUGCCCCAAACCAUCCAUGUCUACCAACCAGACAUGUCCCUGAAUGCUGGAGAGAACAAUGCACUUCCAGCUACUGCAACAGGAACAGCAACAACCGUAGAGUCCGAGACAUUGCCAGCAUAUGAACCACGGUCGACUGGACCCAGGGUACACAUCAUCGACUUGACCCGUGUAGCAAGAGGACCACCAGCAACAACAGCAACAGCCACGGGAGCUCAAUUGGCUCCAGGUACGCCAGGAACAGAAUCUGCAACAGGAGCCCCUCUCCCUCCGCCACCAAGCAUUCUCGACAAGAACAACAAGGUCGUAAAGUUCCUGAACGUCCCCUUUGGGCUCAUCGAGGAGCGAUGGCGUCCUGCCGCAAAGGCAAAGUCAUGGGAUGGUAUCCGUGAUGCCACUAAGCUUGGGCCAAUGCCACCCCAGAGGACUACCAAUAACCCGUUCAUGUCAACGCUCUUGGGUGUGCCGGACAAGUACGUUUUUGACAAAGAUAUGAAUGAGCGCGACUGUCUGAACUGCAAUAUCUUCAUGCCAGCAUCAGCUGUGGGGUGUUUGGACGAGAAAAAGCGAUUGCCUGUUCUGGUCUGGCUCUUUGGCGGUGGUAUGCGAACUGGAAGUAACGCCAUUCCACUCUAUGAGCUGAUCCUGGAUGCACAAGAACACGCCAAAACGGUCCCAGAAUGCCAAAAAAAAUGGUACGAUUUGUCCGUGGGAAACUGGGGGCUGCUUGAUCAAGUCUUUGGCCUUGAAUGGAUCCAGGAUCACAUUCAAGCGUUUUCUGGAAACCCCAAGCGAGUGACAGUGAUGGGUCAAUCAGCGGGAGCAAGUUCGAUCUCAUACCUACAGUUGAUCCCAGAAUGUCGAGGGCUGUUUCAUCGAUCCAUCCUUGUCUCUGGCACAGUGACAACCUUGGUGGCGCAAUACCCUGAGCAAGAAGGGCAGAGGAUCUUUGAUCGCCUCUGCAGCAACUUUAAUGUGCCAUCCGAUCUGCCGCCGCUGGAGAAGGUGGCCCGACUGAGAGAGGUCCCGGCGGAGGCGAUCUCUGAUGCCAUCAACAAGGCAACCGAUGUUAUGUUCCGACCAUGUGUGGAUGGCGUGGUUUUCAAGCAGGAUUGUCGUUUGAUUGUUGGAGAUACCUCAUUGUAUGACCCUGAUCUGAACUGGGUCUUUGCUGGAACGUGCGGUGAUGAAGGCACGAUGAUUGUCGAAGAAUUGGGCGCAUCCACGGUGGCAGACUUUGAGCCUUUCAAACGACGAGUAUGCGAUCCAGCCGAUCAUGACCUCUUUGACCAGAUCUUUGGAGUUCCCAGCACGGACGCCGAGGCAUACUCGAUAUCGUCCCGGCUCUUGAACAGCGGUGUAUUCCGGUUUCCGACAUUUGAAGUCAGCGAGGCGAUCUUGGCUCACCCGACGUGUCAGUUGAGCCGCUUCCAUAUGGACACUGUUAUCCACAAGAUCGACAACAUGAUCCCUGGCUGGGGAGCGCAUCACGGUGUUGAUCUGCCGUUUACAUUUGGAGGCGAGUCGACGGUGAAGCUGUUAUCGGACGAGGAGAGGGAGAUGUCGAGGAAGGUACAAGCUGUUUGGGUGGAGGUAGUGACGGCUGCUUCGCCCGAGGCUUCGUCGUUGCCCCUGGUCAACUGUGUUCUUCCUCGGACUGUGAACCCUCACAAGAAGGAGAAGGAGAAGGAGAAGGAAGUAGAAAUAGUGAUCGAAGGUGAUGGCAAUGGAAUUGUUGUGGUUGCAGCGGAGAUAGAGGAGGAAGAGGCGGUUGUAUUUAGUCGAGACCUAAGGGUGACACGCGGACCAGUCGAGAGAAUGACGUCGGAGGAGAUUGGGUUCUGGCGACGAUCGGCAGCAUAUGCAGUCAAGCAGGCAGCGGAGGGUCGAGCGGAGGUCUUUGGAUUUGUCCUCUCUCCACCGCUCCGCUCGUCCAACAGCUUCAAGAAACAAGAGUAG